AUGGAGAUCCAGCCUUCGGAUAGUUCAACAGGCCUCCACGGCAAACACGAACUGCGAGAAGAGAUUCGGGAACAGACUGUGCUCGGUCUCAGGCGACUCUGUGAAAAUACCGGCCUCACCAGCGGGAAAUGGGUCUUUUUCGUUCAUCGACGUUCCGUAACCUGGGUGUGGAAAAAGAUAGCCCUAUCCUUGGUUCAAGGAGACUUGAAGGAGACACCAGCCUUUGCUGCCAAGGUGUCUACUAUCAACGUCGGCCAUACGCAUAUAAUAUGUUUGUUUCUCCCGGAUAUUUUCGACAAAGAUGCUGUGGGUCAGGUUCUCGAUGUUUUAACCACCAAAGUUCAGGUCAUUCCGGUAGUCGUGAAGCCUGAUUUAUACACCUACAUUGGGCUCUAUACCAAGCAUCCUAGCGGUAUCAGGCCUAGUCUUUGGCAAGUGAAAGACUUUGUUUCACCGGACAGUGUCACCGGGCUGAUCGGUAGUUCGGCUGUUAGAUGCAAGUCCGUCACCAAGAAGAAACAAGAGCCUGAGCGGCAACCUGACGGACUGGACUGCAGGAUGGAGGAUGAGAAUGCCAUAGAAGCAUACUGCAGCAUGAAUGGCCUUGGACCCCUUCGGAGUUGGUACCCUGGCAGCAGCAGUUGGCAAGGUAAAAGAGGGAAGAACGCUGCGAGUUGGCAUGAGACAGAUGAUGAAGAACAGCCAAAUUUGAACUUGGCUAGGCAAUCCUCUGACAUUGUCCGAGUCUCUUGGGACGAGUCAGAAAUCGAAGACUAA